CCCGCCCGGUUUCCUUUUCCAGCUGCUUCCUCCGUUCCAACGCUUGGUAAAGAAGGUGGUUUUGAUGUGUCGAGUCUGCAUGCGUCUACGCGAGGCAUCGGCAGCUUUCAUGCAGGUGUGGGCCACCUUGGCAAAAUACGCCAACAAGCAGCAGACCGAGGAGGAACAGAGGGAAAGCAGCAAGGCUGCCUUUGAUGCCCAAUAUUUCAAGACACAACAUAAUAAAUUCCCAACCCGGGCAAUUCAAGUCACCAUGAAACUACCCGAGCAGCGGUCGAUGGAGGAGUUGGAGGAGCUUUUGUGCUCGCUGAGAUCUUUGCUGAGCAUCAGACACUACAGCAAGCCCUACCAGCUCAUGCUGGCCAAAAUAGUGCGAUAUGAAAGGCUCAGGAGGAGGAGAGUGAUAAUCAAGAAGGGACAGGAUGCACACAGUUUCUACUUCAUAUACUCGGGGGGAGUUAGCUUCACCACGGACGAAGAUGGAAGCAGCGCGUUUGAGGAAGGGCAUCAAACUGACUUGCGAAAGGGUGCCAGGUUUGGAGAAAUACCAGUACUGAAAGGUCUGCAGAGAAAUUUCACUGCCGUCUGUACGGACGAUACUGAGCUACUGGUGGUGGACAAAGAGGAAUUCUUUGAAAACAGACUUGACAAGGCGCUAGUCAGGGAAUAUCAUCGUCGCUUUAUAUUUUUCAGAUCACUAAAGCUUCUGGAAUCAUUACCUGACAGUUCCAUUGAGUUUCUUUCUGACUAUUCAACCACAGAGGAGUUCCUAUACGGCCAGGUUAUUCCCACCAACAUGGAGCACCUCAUUUUCGUGACCAAGGGCCGGUUUGUCAUCCUGCGAUUGGUGGAUCUGACACUCUGCCCGUCCUAUCACAGGUUCAUUGCUCAUGAGCUGCCUUUCCUGAAAAGCACCAUUAAAAACACGGAAUCAGCCGAUAACUCACAAGUUGACAGACAAUUUUCCGGCUCGAGUAGAACCACCUCGACCCACCUAGGAUUCGAUAACACUUCCAGGACCAAAAUUAAGAAAAUAAGUUCAUCCAGGUCCCAAACCCCUUUUCGUGGAUCACCCAGCAGCAUGAAAAGCAUAGAGACCUUGAGCCAAAAUAUUUCCUCUAGUAAUAUCUCAGUGGCCCAAUCUGGAUCACCACAGCAGGUGAAGGCAAGGAGUGAAACAGGGAGACGCCUAAGACUUGGCAGGUCCACCAGUAGGGCAGUGUUUGGAGACUUUCGACACAUAUUGGGGACUACCUUGAGAAGGCAGAUGGUUCCCAAAGCCCUGGCUGUUGCUGCUUACAUGAAGAUAGAUUCAGUUCUACCAGGAGAAGUAUUUGGGCUGCGGCAAUACUUUGUGGCCAAUGACCUCAAGGAUAAGAGAGAAUUUAGUAUCAAGAGCCAAGGCACCAAGAUUGUAAGGAUCGACAUGCAGACCUUUACCGAACUAACGGACCCCCUAACAUUGCACAAAGUUCAGAAACUGAAAUCCAUUUACCCAAGUGAUGAUGAACUCUGCGACUGCUUUAUCAAAAAUAAUAUCUGGAAAAUCCUUAAAAAGAACAUGAUUGCCCAGCUCCCUAGCAAGCCCCAUCUUUAUUCAACCUCUGGCCAGGCUGCAGUGUCGGGGCAGGGUGAGGAUAUAUACGAGAUCGACAAGACGGGCAUCCUGAACCUACCGGAGAUUGCCAGCAAUCGAAGCAUGCUUUUCUCGAAGCCCUCGUAUUAUGUAGCACCAGUAAUCAGAUCAAUGGAUGGUAGCACCACACUGCCAAAGCUGGACCUGCAACUCAUUCAUGCGAUCGCCAAGCAUCCAUCUAGUGUAGGCAGUCUGCUGCCUUGACUAGGUCCUAGGCAUUCCUAUACAGCUCCCUUUAAAAGUCCAAAAUCUCAGUUUGUUUCCCAUCGUUUUGUUCCAAUUCCUAUUCCCCAUUGUUGAGAUCACCGCAGGAAACUGCAUUGGGAUCUUUUGUUUUGUUUUGUUCUUUCACAAAUUAGGCUUUUAUUUUACUUACUAUCUCUUCGCUUGCCAACAACACCACAAGAAGUGCUCGUUCGAUGUGUUCCAGUCAGAGGACUUUACCAAAGACCCAUAUCAUAGAAACACAAUGUCAUAAAAACACAAUAGCAUAGCAUUCAAAUGCCCCAUACAGCUGAUGUCAGACAGACCCAUGCAUUAACUUCCCAAACUUUAAAGGCUCAAUGCAAUGUGAUAAAGACUCAAUGUGUAAAGACUCAGUGUGAUAAAGACACAGUGUGAUAAAGACUCAGUGUGAUAAAGACUCAGUGUGAUAAAGACUCAGUGUGAUAAAGACUCAGUGUGAUAAAGACUCAGUGUGACAAAGACUCAGUGUGACAAAGACUCAGUGUGAUAAAGACUCAGUGUGAUAAAGACUCAGUGUGUAAAGACUCAGUGUGUAAAGACUCAGUGUGUAAAGACUCAGUGUGUAAAGACUCAGUGUGUACAAGACUCAGUGUGAUCAAGACUCAGUGUGACAAAGACUCAGUGUGAUAAAGACUCAGUGUGAUAAAGACUCAGUGUGUAAAGACUCAGUGUGUAAAGACUCAGUGUGUAAAGACUCAGUGUGUAAAGACUCAGUGUGUAAAGACUCAGUGUGGUAAAGACUCAGUGUGGUAAAGACUCAGUGUGAUCAAGACUCAGUGUGAUCAAGACUCAGUGUGAUCAAGACUCAGUGUGAUCAAGACUCAGUGUGAUCAAGACUCAGUGUGAUCAAGACUCAGUGUGAUCAAGACUCAGUGUGAUCAAGACUCAGUGUGAUCAAGACUCAGUGUGAUCAAGACUCAGUGUGAUCAAGACUCAGUGUGAUCAAGACUCAGUGUGAUCAAGACUCAGUGUGAUCAAGACUCAGUGUGAUCAAGACUCAGUGUGAUCAAGACUCAGUGUGAUCAAGACUCAGUGUGAUCAAGACUCAGUGUGAUCAAGACUCAGUGUGAUCAAGACUCAGUGUGAUCAAGACUCAGUGUGAUCAAGACUCAGUGUGAUCAAGACUCAGUGUGAUCAAGACUCAGUGUGAUCAAGACUCAGUGUGAUCAAGACUCAGUGUGAUCAAGAC